AUGGCUCAAGAUUCGAUGGACGGACAGGAUAUGUUACCUUCAGCACGCGUCCACUACGACUUCAGAUUGACAAGGGAGAGUGGAGAUUCGUUCUUCGGCCAGAAAGACAUCAAGGAGAACCUUCGACAAUGGGGGAUAGAGGAUACGCUUACCCUCACACAGGUGCAAUUCUGCCCAACCUUCAUGGUGCAUGAGGAGACAACCUUCCUUCGCCAGUUGCUUACGUUCAUCGUCGACAACCCAGCCAAGCCAAGGAUGGAACACAUGAUGCGGAGUACGAAGACCAGCGUCGAGAGCGUUCAGUGGGAAAGGUUGAAGUGCACAGCCAUGUCCAUGGAUUUCUUCAACUGCCUCAUUGACAAAGGUGACAAGGAGGAAGAAAGCAAAUACCAGGGCGAGCGGAUUGUUAGCAAGUCGGGAAACAUACGCGGCUGCUUUCCUGACGUUUUCGACGGGGUGACGGUGUCGGAUAAGCUGAGGGAGCUGCUGGUGAACCCGGACUCUGAGAACGCCGACGCCUUCUCCCCUGCCCAACAGGAGGAGCUACUCUUUCACGUGUUCCGGGUUCUGGCCGUGGGUGGGGGUGUGUGCCAGCCUGACGAUAGCCUGGAACCUUACACAAAGGCAGCAAAGGCGCUGUAUAAGGAUCUUGUCUCCGUCCAUAAGAACGCUUCCACGGGAAAGCUGGAGAUCGCCGCAAGCAAGGUUUACCGUGUCACUGAGGCAUCCACCGUGACCAACCACAACGACAACGACGCCAGAAAGACCAAUCCGGAAGGCGCCAUCUCAUCAUCAGAGGGCGGCAACGGAGCGGUUGUAGGGACUGGCGGUGAUGGUGGUGGUGGUGGCACGUCCUCAUUCUGGAAAGAGGAAUGUGCACCAUCGAAUUCGUCUUCACCACACAGCACCUGCCUGGUCGUUGUCGAUCUCGCGAAGAAGCGCGCGUCCGUGCUUUGGAACGAGUUCUUGCCGUUUUGGUGA